CCAGUGAAGGAGAAAUCAGGAGACCAGUCUCCGGCCAUGGAAGGAGCUGUACAGCUUCUAAGUCGGGAUUGCCAUAGCAUAUCUCACAAUUCUAAGCGGCAUUACCACGAUGCCUUUGUCUGCAUGAACAGAAUGCGCCAACGGGGUCUUCUUUGUGACAUAGUGCUUCAUGUGGGGACCAAGGAAAUCAAAGGCCACAAAGUGGUGCUAGCCUCAUGCAGCCCUUAUUUUCAUGCCAUGUUUACUAAUGAGAUGAGUGAGAGCCGGCAGACGCAUGUGACAUUGCAUGACAUUGACCCGCAGGCUCUAGAACAGCUGGUACAAUUUGCAUACACAGCAGAGAUUGUGGUGGGAGAGGGCAACGUGCAGACAUUGCUUCCAGCUGCCAGCCUUCUGCAGCUCAACGGUGUGAGGGACGCCUGCUGCAAGUUCCUUCUAAGCCAACUUGAUCCCUCCAACUGCCUGGGGAUCCGCAGUUUUGCAGAUACACAUUCCUGUAGCGACCUGCUGAAGUCUGCACACAAAUAUGUCCUGCAACACUUUGUAGAAGUGUCCAAGACUGAGGAGUUCAUGCUGUUGCCACUGAAACAGGUGUUGGAUCUGAUCUCCAGUGACAGUCUGAAUGUCCCCUCAGAGGAGGAAGUGUACAGAGCUGUGCUGAACUGGGUCAAACAUGAAGUAGACGGCAGGAGGCAGCAUGUUCCCCGGCUCAUGAAGUGUGUGCGCCUUCCUUUGCUGGGCAGAGAUUUCCUUAUGAGUAGUGUGGAUACUGAACUCCUUGUGCGGCAUCAUUCUGAAUGUAAAGACCUCCUCAUUGAGGCUCUCAAGUAUCAUCUUAUGCCAGAGCAACGUGGAGUGCUGAGUAAUAGCAGAACCCGACCAAGACGCUGUGAGGGGGCCAGCACAGUGCUCUUUGCAGUAGGUGGUGGGAGUCUGUUUGCCAUACAUGGUGACUGUGAAGCUUAUGAUACCCGUACUGACCGCUGGCAUAUGGUGGCAUCUAUGUCAACAAGAAGAGCACGGGUGGGCGUAGCAGCCAUUGGAAACAAACUUUAUGCUGUAGGAGGAUAUGAUGGAACGUCAGAUCUUGCUACUGUAGAGUCAUAUGACCCUGUUACAAACACAUGGCAACCAGAGGUUUGCAUGGGGACAAGACGUAGUUGCCUAGGAGUGGCUGUGCUCCAUGGGUUGUUGUAUGCUGCAGGUGGUUAUGACGGUGCUUCCUGUUUGAACAGCGCUGAGCGAUAUGAUCCUCUCACUGGCACAUGGACUUCAAUAGCCGCUAUGAGCACUAGAAGAAGAUAUGUUCGAGUUGCAACUCUAGAUGGAAAUCUAUAUGCUGUUGGAGGCUAUGACAGCUCUUCCCAUCUUGCCACAGUGGAAAAAUAUGAACCACAGGUAAAUACUUGGACCCCAAUCUCCAAUAUGCUGAGCCGUCGAAGCAGUGCUGGAGUGGCAGUGCUGGAGGGAAUGCUCUAUGUAGCUGGAGGCAAUGAUGGGACCAGCUGUCUGAACUCUGUUGAGAGAUAUAACCCAAAGGCAAACACAUGGGAAAGUGUAGCACCAAUGAAUAUAAGAAGGAGCACUCAUGACCUUGUAGCCAUGGAUGGAUGGCUUUAUGCAGUGGGAGGCAAUGAUGGAAGCUCUAGCCUAAACUCCAUUGAGAAAUACAACCCACGCACUAAUAAAUGGGUGGCAGCAUCCUGCAUGUUCACUAGGAGAAGUAGUGUAGGUGUUGCGGUGCUAGAACUCCUUAACUUCCCCCCACCCUCGUCCCCCACAUUGUCUGUCUCCUCCACCAGCCUCUGACAAACAAGGGAAAGGCUGUAUUGCAUAUUGGAUCCAAACACAUUGAACCAGGAAACCAGAACUCUGGUUUUACAAUUUUAGGGGGCUUUUAAAAAUGUUCUUUUUGUCUGUGAAAAUUCUUCACUACUGAAAAGGCCUCUACCACACCUCAAAGAUACUACUUCGCCUGCAACGGAAAAACAGUUGUAAGAGAAAGCAGCAGAGAGUGAGUGGAUGUCUUGGGGCCUCUGAAGAAUGACAUGGAAUGAGUGAAUCCUCUCCGCAUAGCAUUACAAAUGUCUAGAACAUAGAAGGAAUUGCUGUUUGUUCUACUGCACUGGAUAGGUCUCUCAAGCAGUAUCUCCUUAUUAACCCAUUUAGAAGAAUAUUCUAAAAAAAAAUGACACUUAAAAUGAUGGAAAAUUAACUCUUGUGUGUGACUGAAGAAUAGAAAUUCUGAUUGGAAAAGGGGAGAUCAUAUAUUCACUGACAAUUAUUCAUUAUUGGUUUGUUCUCAUGUAGCUGAA